GACCAGAUGUACAUCCGACGAUGACGUGAAGACGAUUGUGAGCCUAUCGGAGUACCGGGAUCCCGUGAAUUUGGAUAAUUUUCAUCGACGACAUCAUCAUCGAGGAAUUCGUCACUCACAGUGCCUGGGAACUAUAGUGUCUCAACGAUGAAUGUUCAGUUCGUGGAGUAGAAGCUCGAAACACGAUGCUCCGGUCGUGGAUUUUAUUCCUGUGCGCGCUUUCAGUUCUCGCUGAAGUAAAAAUUGCAAACAACGUUCCUCCAAAAGACGACUUCGACGCGGAUGAAGAUGAAGGCGCUCUCCUUCACGAGAUCACGAACAAAGGACCUGUCAUCGAUUCACAUCCCCAGGAUAUGGACGUGGUCUUCGGGGGUGCGAAUUCUUCCACCUUGAAAUGCUCCGCGAACCACGCGCUCUCAGUGCAGUUGAUCUGCUCUCCAGCCGAUCCGAACUCAACGGUCUCGGAGUAUGUGAGAGACCACGCGAAACUCGUUCCGUCUACGCUAACGGAUUUGGUUGAUCCGAUGACCGGCAUAAGACACAUCGACCUAGAAGUCAACAUGGAUCGAGCGGUUUUCGGCGGGUUCGCGCCUGAGAACGGUACCAUUCCACGGUCGCUGUACUGCGUGUGUCAUGCGUGGAGCUCGCAGGGCAACUCCACCUCGAAAAUUGCAACGAUCCGGUCGAUACCAGGCCCACCGAUCGAUCACAAGAAAACCGUCAAAGAAGUCCCGAAGUACCGAUUAGCUAAUCUCGGCGAGAAAGUUGAGCUCGAAUGUUCACUCACAACGACGCGAGCGACCCGCACCAAAGCCGAUGACGACGAUGAAGGCGAGGUGUCUUGGUUGCUCGACGGGAAGCACUUCAUGCUCGAUGACAACCUGGAAGAGGAAGGGAACAAAUUGCUCAUUCUCCGAGUGAAAGUUAAAAACGAAGGAACCUAUUCCUGCAAGAUCGGGGAUAAAAUCGGCGACCCAAUCACAAUCGAGGUCAAAGCUAACGGAAACUGGUCGCCAUGGGGCGCGUGGAGCGAUUGUCUCGCGCGUUGCGCUAAAGGCAGCCGGAGCCGGACGCGGUCGUGUACGAAUCCGGCACCGAGGAACGGCGGAAAAGAAUGCCAGGGCGAUUACAUUGAGAAGGAAGAGUGCACGUCAUGGAAGGAUUGUACGUCGAAAGAAAAAGACGGUGAAGAAUCGGGCAUCUGGACCAGCUGGUCAUCGUGGUCUGAAUGCGGUGCGAACUGCAAACAACAUCGGCAGCGUCGAUGCAUCUCGAGCAAGAAAGGCUCGCGUUUAUCGACCCCAGUCUGCAGUGGGAGGAACUACAUCCAAAGGAACUGCACUGGCGGCGAAUGCUUGCCCGAGUCUCCAGAAGUCCUUGCCGGAAUGAAGACCGUGCAAGAUACUUCGGGAAGCGCACUCUCGAACAAUUUCCUCCAGGACCAAGGGAACACGGGACAGCACGAGCAAGGUUUCUUCAUGUCGCACAUAGGCGGUCUGGAGGCGAUCGCCAUGGUGAUCGGAAUGGCCCUGGCGGCAAUCAUUCUUGCAUUCACCUUCCUGAUAGCCCUCCGCUUCCGUCCGAGAGACACUUCGUGUCACGGAGACAAACCGCAUCACGUCUAUCCAGCCGUGCCUAUAAAUGCCGGUCUUUCGACGUUGCCUCCCGACGUGACGCCGAACUACAACGAUCCACGACUGCACGAGUAUCUUAGCGAGCGUAAGCUGGAUACUGCGGUUACGAUCCCUCUUCUCCAGCAGCUGUACACCGCGAACGUCUGCCCACUGCCCAUGACCCCGUCUCAAAGCAGGUCAAACUAUAACUCUCACCGCUCUAGAACUCCGAGCUCUACGGAGAAAACUCGCACCGACUCCGAGUCACAACACUAUUCAGACUAUGGGGCGCCCACUUCGGAAUACGACGAUAUGAUCUACGACACAAUCCCCGACGAACUCAAGGACCCGUCGGAUCGAUCGUCGUCGUCGUCGGAUCAGAUAUCGUGGGGAACCAUAGGGUCUGAGGGAGGGAGAAUUAGCUUACAUCAUCUAGGAGUUUCAUUAAUGGUGCCUCCGGGAGCGAUACGCCACGGCAAGCGAGAGUUGUAUGUCGCUGUUCUCAGAGAGGAUAAAGAUCGGCCCAGCUGGCUAAAGGAAGAUCAGUGCGUGCUCAGUGCUGUGCUCCAAUGUGGUCCGAGUGAUGUGCCUCUUGCGCGACCUGUGACCCUUUCUUUCGAUCACUGCGCAAGUCCUCCUCCGGAUAAAUGGAAUAUUCAUGUUUUGAGCGCGGACGGUGACUGCGACGGGGCUCACUCGCGAUGGAAGCCCGAAGUGUCACUCAACUCGAGUCAGGAGUCGACGCUCGACGGCUCAAAGAGCGUCUUCUGUCAACUGGACAACGGCCUGUGUCAUUUGCAAACGACGAAAAUGGCUCGUUUCGUUCUCGUCGGCGAAUCGCAUGCCAAAUCGUACGCCGCUAAAUCUGUUGCGUUGAUCGCUUUCCUAUCAAAGAUCUCAAGUCUUUCUCAGAACGAACAUUCUGUUCGGGUGUACUGCGUCGAAGAGACGAAAGCCGCCGUGCGGAGCGUCUUCAACGGCGAGGACGGAAAGAGCGUCCUCCUCGACGAGCCCAAGAGCAUAUUGCUGCACGAUGGGGGCGCGAAUCUCUGUCUCACGUUGGAGAGUAAUUCGCUUUCCCCCAACUGGAAAUUCAAACCGGGCGCGAAUCAGCAAGAAAUCCCCUUCAAGCAUGUUUGGUCGUCCCGACUAUCGUUGCUGCACUGUUCGUUCGGAUUGACCGCGACCACGGCCACGACAAUGGAUCUCCAGUGCCGGAUCGUUGUCUAUCAGCGCGGCAACCAGUCCCAUAGACAGAUCCUGCACCUGAACUCGGCAGCUAUUCACCGGCAGCAGCUCACCAACUCAACACACAGCCUCAUGGUCACUCGAGGAGGUUCGUCCGUCGUUCCGUCCGAUGGUUUCCGAAUGAGUCCUGAAGCACGCAGUAGGAUAUGUGCCUUACUGGAUCCCCCUGACGACGAGGGCAACGACUGGAGACGACUAGCACAACAUCUAGGCAUCGACAGGAACCACGGAUACUUCGCUUCGAAGAGCAGUCCGACGAGUUGUCUGCUAGAUUUGUGGGAAGCUCGGAAUCGUGAGGCAGGCGCAGCUUCGAAUCUUUUAAGUCUACUCCGUCACAUAGGAAGACCGGACGUUACGUCAACCAUUGAGAAACUCGUCGGGGCUUGGGUAUGAGUUCCCGGAACACCCAGAUCUCUCGUUUCAGCCACAGCUGUACUCGUUGCCGCAGUUGUUGACGGAGGGUAAAUAUCCGCGGAAAUUCGCGCGCGUACACACGCAAAUCUAGACACGUAUGGUCGACUAGAGCUUUCAGUUUUUGGAACUGUGCCGCUGAGGCGAGCUGCAAUAUUAUAGGAUGACAAUGUACAAUCUUCGCCACGUACACACGAACAAGUGAUCUUUGCGUACGCGAUAUUCACCGCGAACUGUAAUAUACGGGAAAGAUGGAAAUCUUGGAAUGACAUAGCCGAUGUAAAAACGCCGAUGUAU